GUAGUGUACCACUACAACAAACGGAGACGAUGGCUUCUCCACGUACUAAGAGGGGUUUUCCAAUAUGUACCACGGUGUUUUUUAACAAUCAAACCGACCAAGACUUGAGCUCGUAUGAUAAAAUUAACUGGAAUGGAUCCGGAUAUCAGCCACUGAAUGUCCCAUCACUUCGGAUACGAUGUUUUCAGCAAUGGGCGGAUCCCUAUCUCCGAUCCUCGGAAGGUGGGUGUGUGUUCCUUAUAAAGGAAAAUAUUAAGUGGGUUGUUGCUUGGAAGAACUUGGUCAAAAAAGACAAUAAGGUCUAUACAGAUAUCGUCACGGACGACACUAUUGAUUGGGACAAUAUCAAAGAACAACUGAAUAUGUCGAACAGACACGCCGAAGCAACUUAUUUAGGAUAUAAGUCGACUGUUGACAUUAAUCCGAGUAGCGUUAAGCCAAACUUGAAUGCAAAACUCGAGGUAGUUACUGGGACGGUAACUGCUCCAAGUAGUAAGGUGGGAGCUCCAAUAUACACAAAGGUGUCUUUUAACAAUCAAACCGACCAAGACUUCAGCUCUUAUGAUGAAAUUAACUGGAAUGGAUCCGGAAAUCAGCCACUGAAUGUCCCAUCACUUCAUACACGAUAUUUUCAGCAAUUGGCUGAUUCUUACGUCGGAUCCUCGGAAGGUGGGAGUGUGUUCCUUAUAAAGGAAAACAUUAAGUGGGUUGUUGCUUGGAGUAACAUGAUCAAAGAAGACAAUAAGGUCUAUACAGAAAUCGUUACAGACGACACUAUUGAUUGGGGCAAAAUCAAAAAACGACUGAAAAUGUCUAACAAACAUGCCGAAGCUACUUAUUUAGAAUACAAGUCGACUGUUGACAUUGAUCUGAGUAGCGUUAAGCCAAAAUUGAAUGCAAAACUCGAGGAAGUUACUGGGACGAUAACUGCUCCAAGUAGUAAGGUGGGCACUCCAAUACAUACAAAGGUGUGUUUUAGCAAUCAAACCGACCAAGACCUCAGGAGUACGGACGAUGAAAUUGAUUGGUAUGGAAUUGGAAAUCAGCCAUUAGUUGUUCCAUCGCAGGAGAAAUUAAAUUUUCAGCACAUGGCCGAUUCUUAUGUCGGAUCCUCGGCAGGUGGGACUGUAUUUGUCAUAAAAGACAACAUUAAGUGGGUUGUUGCGUGGAGGAAUAUGGCAAAGGAAGAUAAUAAGGUCUAUACUGAUAUUACUACUGACAGCAUUAUUAAUUGGGAGUUAUAUAAACAAAAACUGAAGAACUCUUCCAAUCAAGCAGAAAGGACUAAUCUAGGAUACAAGUCAACUGUUGUAAUUGAUCUGAGUAGCAUUAAGCCAAAAUUAAAUGCAAAACUCGAUGAAGAUAUUGAUCCAACGACUUCUCCAAGCAAUACGUUGGGUCCUGCAAUAUAUACAGAGGUGUAUUUUAACAAUCAAACCGACCAAGAUUUGAGCAGGUUUGACAGAAAAGAUUGGUAUGGAACCGGAAGCCAGCCGCUGGAUGUCCCAUCGCACCAGACGCGAUAUUUUCAGCAUUUAGCCGAUUCCAAUAUCGGAUCCACCAAAGGCGGGAGUGUGUUUGUUAUCAAAGAGAACAUUAAGUGGGUUGUUGUCUGGAAAAAUAUGGCAUAUAAAGACAAUAAGGUGUAUACUGAGUUUACUACUGACAGCGAUAUUAAUUGGAAGUUCUACGAAGAAAAACUGAAAAGGGCUAACAACCAAGCAAAAGUGGCAUAUCCAGGAUACAAGUCAACUGUUGUCAUUGAUGCGUGCAGCGUUAAACCAAACUUGAAUGCAAAACUCGAGGAAGAUGCUUCUGCUUGA